AUGUCCGACCUCGAAUCUCUCCCCGAAUCGCCGGCGGCCAUCGAUCGCGAUGACCACGCUGAGGACGAAGAGCCUCGUGAGGGUGCCGGUGGCGCGACUGCCGAAGACCUGUCCGAUCAGGAAUCAGAUCAGCUCUCGGAAAUCGACGAAGACCAAUUCGAGGACUACGAUCCAGCUACGGCCAAUAUUGAGGAUCGCCCCAUAACGGUGGAUGAAGACGUCGCCAAGACGCUCAAAGCCGGAAAGCGCAAGGUGGCUGAGGGAGAAAAGCCGAGAAAACCGAAGGAGGGACGCAGAGAUAAGAAGAGGGCGCGCGACGAUGAUGCGGCGGGCGAUGCGGACGGCGAUGCUAGGGGACCGGCUCGCAAGUCGAGACGCGCCGGUGCUGGUGACGGCGAGCGAAAGCCGCGAUCCAAGGCUGCUUCGCCCGAGAUCGAUGACGAGUCCCAUCUGUCUCCCGAGGAGCGUAGGCGCCGUGCGAUCGACCGGGCGUUGGAUGCCGCGAUGAAGGGACCUGCCAAGCGCAAGAAGAAGAAGGACGAAAUUGACUUGGAGGAUGAGAUGGACGAUCAGAUCGCCGAUCUCAAAUUGGCCAUGGAGAAGGCAUGUGAGGCAGACAACUCUGCGCGCGAGCAAGGCCAGCCCGCUGUCCACAAGCUUAAGCUCCUGCCCCAGGUCAAGGAUUUCCUGAACCGUAACAAUGUGCAGCACGCCAUCCUUGAUCCUGAUACCAACUUCCUUCAACACGUCAAGUUCUUCUUGGAGCCCCUGAACGACGGCAGUCUCCCUGCGUACAACAUUCAAAGGGAAAUCUUCCAGGCGCUUAUCCGCCUACCUAUCGAGAAGGAAGUGCUUUUGAGCAGCGGCAUCGGAAAGGUCGUCUACUUCUAUACCCGUUCCAAGAAGCCAGAGGCUGGCAUCAAGCGUAUGGCUGAGCGUCUUUUGGGCGACUGGAGUCGACCUAUCCUCAAGCGCACGGAUGACUACAAGAAGCGCCACAUCGAGACUCGCGAGUUUGACUAUGAGGCUCUCAAAAUGUCACAGCGCCAAGCUGGCAGUUCACAAUUCAACCUUCCCCAGAGGCCCUCACAGUCUGCCAGAGAGGCUGAGCGUGAGGCUAUGCUCGCUCCUGUCGUUACCUCCAACCGAGCUCGUCCUGGUGGCCUGCCUUCCAGCUACACAAUCGCACCCAAGAGUACGUACGACGUCUCUCGCGCGCCUGAUCACCGUCCUAUUGGCGCGGGUGGCCUGGAGGCCUUCCGCAAGAUGACCGCGAAGGGCAAGAAGCGGUAA